CCAUAAACAAUGAGAACUCUCGCCCGGCAUAGCUCAGUUUCCGAACGCACGCCGCACCGACCAGACACGUGGCGUGUUAACCAAAAUUACACCAUCUUGCCCCCAAAACAGUGGCUGUGAUACCAUAGUGAUAGUUUUAAUUGUAAGCUUAUUGGAACUUGUUUAGGUCAAAGCAGACAGAAAUGUUUAUAGACGAAAACGAAGUGCCGGAGUCAUGGUGGGUCUCCGCGGCGCUGAAGGCGAUCCGAGCGGUGGCGCUCGUGUUCGACGUACUCACGUUCCCCGUGCACCUCGUGCUGCAGCGGCCCUGGCGCAAGAGGGCGCUGUCCCGCCGGAUCAAGGCCCGCAUAAUCCAAAGCAGCAACGACAGCGUGACCGUCCGCUCCGUCGCUGAGCCCACCGAGCUCCACCUCCGCAUGGUGCGCGACAAUGUGCUCACCAUGGAGGGCAUGCUCCGCGCCGCCGCCUCGCGCUGGGCGGACAAACCCGCACUAGGGACCAGGACGGUGCUGGGCGAAGAGGACGAACCACAGCCUAACGGACGGGUCUUCAAGAAGUUCAAGAUGGGCAUCUACACGUGGCGGUCGUACGCCGACGUGGAGGCCGAGGCGGGCUUGUUCGCGGCCGGGCUGCGCGAGCUCGGCUGCGCGCCGCGCCGCAACGUCGUCAUGUUCGCCGAGACCCGCGCCGAGUGGAUGGUCGCUGCACACGGCUGCUUCAAACAGAGCAUUCCCGUUGUAACCAUCUACGCGACCCUUGGUGAUGACGCCAUUGCGCACGGCAUCAACGAGACAGAAGUCUCCACCGUCAUCACCACACACGAACUGCUCCCCAAGUUCAAGAAAAUUCUGGCUAAAACACCCCUGGUUGACACCAUCAUCUACAUGGAAGACCAGCUCAAGUCUACGGAUACUAAGGGAUACAAAGAAGGCAUUAGGAUCGUGGCAUAUAAGGAUGUUCUGGAAAAGGGAAAAUUCUCCAAGAUUGAGUCGGUCCCGCCGUCGGCCGCGGACACGGCCAUCAUCAUGUACACGUCGGGUUCGACCGGGGUGCCUAAAGGCGUCAUCCUGUCGCACCGCAACAUGCUGUCCACUCUCAAGUCCUUCGUCGACGCCGUGCCUAUCUACGACAGUGACGUGCUGAUGGGUUUCCUGCCGCUCGCGCACGUGUUCGAACUGCUCGCCGAGAGUCUUUGCAUCAUCGCCGGCGUCCCGAUCGGUUACUCGACUCCUCUGACCAUGUUGGACUCGUCGAGCAAGAUCAUGAAGGGCACGAAGGGAGAUGCCACUGUGCUCCAGCCUACCUGCAUGACCACUGUUCCUCUAAUCAUGGACCGCAUCAGCAAAGGCAUCACGGACAAAGUGACCCGCUCCGGAGCCAUGGCGGCGGCCGCCUUCAAGUGGGCCUACGCCUACAAGCUCACGUGGAUGCGGCGCGGAUACGACACGCCUCUGCUUAACAAACUGAUGUUCUCCCGGGUGUCGGCGCUGCUGGGCGGGCGCAUGCGCGUGAUGAUCUCGGGCGGCGCGCCGCUGUCGCCCGACACGCACGCGCAGGUGCGCGUGUGCGUGUGCUGCGACGUGGUCACCGGCUACGGCCUCACCGAGACCACCUCGUGCGCCACCGUCGCCGACGCGCACGACCGAUCCUCGGGCCGCGUGGGCGCGCCUACCACCGGCACGGACAUCCGGCUCGUCAACUGGGAAGAGGGAAACUACCGCGUCACCAACAAGCCUUUCCCGCAGGGUGAGAUUGUCAUUGGUGGGGGCAGCGUUGCUGAAGGCUACUACCGUAAUCCGGAAAAGACUCGGGAAGAAUUCUUUGAGGUCGAUGGCCGCCGCUGGUUCCGCUCCGGGGACAUUGGGGAACUGCACCACGAUGGCUGCAUUAAGAUCAUCGAUCGUAAGAAAGACCUGGUGAAGCUUCAAGCCGGCGAAUACGUGUCUCUAGGCAAAGUGGAGGCCGAGCUCAAGACCUGCCCCAUCGUCGAGAACAUAUGCGUGUACGGGGACAGCUCUAAGAAUCACACUGUGGCGCUAUUGGUGCCUCAUCCUCAGCACCUUGCCGAACUGGCCGCCAGGGCCGGCGUCCCAGAGACGGAGUUCGACAAACUGUGCAAGAACCCCCUCGUGGAGAAGCUGGUGGUGAAGGAGCUUACUGAGCACGCCAAGAAGUGCGGCCUCGAGCGCUUCGAGGUGCCCACCGCCGUCAAGCUCUGCAGCGAGGUGUGGUCGCCAGACAUGGGGCUGGUCACCGCCGCCUUCAAGAUCAAGCGGAAGGACAUCCAGGACAGGUACAAGGAGGACAUCAAGCGCAUGUACGCCUCGUGAGCGA